GACUGGUACUCUGACAAUUCCUACCAAUUUCAACUGACCACUCGUUUUAAGUGAUCGAUCUACCACAGUGCUAGCUUCACUUUAUACAAAGCCGCCUUUGACAUUGACUAAUAAAUUUCCAGCAGAAAAUUUAUAAAAAGCUUUGUGGUCUGGAAGUUUAAAUUACAAUGACCUAAUUUGCUGACUGAUAGCAUCGGCCCAAAACCUGUUAGCAUAAUAGACUAAUUAUGUACUGCCGAAAUGAAGUUUGAACCUUAUACAUCAUGCGGGCUUAAUGGGUCCGACAAACUGGCGAAGUGGUUGGACUGAGGCAGAACGUUCGUAGACAUAAACCCAAUGCUGUGUGCUGCAGAUAGGCUUAACAAUUUACAGUUUGACAAGAAGUUGCAUUAUAGUCGUCGCAUCGGGAAAUUUUGUUCAGGUGUUCGUGAGGCGGUUCGACAGAGGAACAUAUACGCGGGCUUUAGCCUUCGCAUUUUCAUUGAACCAGGACAGAAUGUGCCUAAUUUGGGAUGUUUUCACCUACUUUCGCGAAUGACGUGUUUACAAACACCGGUUUUCAUUUUGGAAUCUCGGUGAUUUGAACUGGAAAAAGUCAUCCCUUCUUGAAACAGAUUCACAACCCAAGCGUGGUGUCUAGGACCGUCGAUUGGGGCUAUUUGCACAGCUUAAUGCCCCCUUUAACUCGCACCACCGACCUAUCAAAACUGGAGAGCUGAAAACGAAACCCGCCGCAACAAAAGAACACCCGUAGAAGGGAACAAUGUAACCCUUGCAAUAUGAACCAGGCUGUAAACCAGAGAGAAAAGAACUAGAGGUAUACAGAGAGAUUUAAGCCGCCAUACAGCGCGUUUACAUUAUUCUGGUGGUCUGUCGCAUCCCGGGAUGGUUGCUUGUCGUGCAUGGACAUCAACAGAGUUUUGAUGAACACAGAGCACGAUUAAGGUGACUUUAUACGCAUCGAUUCCGCUCCAGCAUUCGACCGGAAUUCGGCCUCCAAGAGGAAAGUAUCCUCCCAUCAGGGAUUUUGGAAGAUUCAUCGAGGCUACACGACCGAGAGAUUUCAAAAGGAAUACGAGAUAUGUUUUGAUUGUUUUGAGGACAACUGUUGAGAGCGGAACCUUGUGCUGAUUAUCUGAUCGUGAAUGGAUUGAGCAACAAGUCAGUGGCGUACUUGCUUUUCUGAAAUGUGAACAAAAAAAGUGACAGAAGAAAUAUCUGGUGUCUGUCAUGUUGCACCAGUUGUUCCAUCAUACUCCCGUGUUUUCUUCUUCUUCAAAUUUUAUGUUGCACCUAGUUGGACAUUGAGACCUAACCUGCCGACAAGAUGUCAGUUAAUUUAGAGAUAGGCCGACUGGACACCUUGGUCAUAAUUUGAGAUUCAGGUUGGUUUGAAAUUCUUGCGAAUUUUACCCAUAAAAUGCUCAUCCGUGAUUGACAGAGACUUUAAGAAACUUAACUAGUGUCGUGACACAGCGAAGCUUAGUUUUUCAUUGUUUACUCAUAAUGCAUGGAGGUGUAGUGAAGGUUCCUCCAUCAUCCUGUGAUCACGACAUGGCGAUGACGUCAGGGACAAGCAGCCAAUCAGAUGGAAGUGAUUCUCCAGCUAUUUCUGAUCACAAUAGCAAUAAUACCGACACUGUGGGCCAGAGUGGCGGUGGGACGGUCGAGAUUAAGUUAAUUGUAUCAAUAGACGGGGGAUCGGACGAAGCAAACACACCCCGGGUGUUGACGCGAGUAAAACAUGAGCAGCCAGCCGGUAGGAGCGGGAGUGUACCGGACGUGAUGCGUCUGCUGCCGCCCAUACCCCGGGAUCACGACUCGGACUCGGCCGUCCAGCAGGGCCUAGCAUCGGGAGGCACCGGCCUGAGCCUCCGGUCCACCCGCUCCAGCAGCCCGCUGCUCCUGCUGGAUCGCAGCGGCGGCCCCGGACUCUGCUUCCGAGCCGCGGACUCCGAGAAGAUGUUACCGGUGCUGCUGUCGGCCGACGCCGGGCUGCACCCGGUUGCGCGCUCGCACGGCCUACUGGGGCACAGCAACAAGGGCGGGUCGUUGUCGGGAAUCAGCCGGCCUCUGUCCCCACGGCCUCCGUCACCAUCCCUCCUCCAUCACCCCUCAAAGGACAAACCUGCUGGACUCCCUCAUCACUUGCACAGGAGACUUAGCGAGGAGAAACACAUACUUCCGUUGGACCCGGAACCUAUUGUGAGGACCCGUGAAGGACCCUUAAACGACAUCACCGACGUCCAUCCAAGUUUGCUCCGACGACGAUCUUGCCAAUCACCGAACCGUCUCAUGUUCUCAGAGAGACGGCGUGCCAGCGAAGGAGUCCUGAAUGUGACGCCGUCGCAACUUGGACUUCACCCUAAAUCGAGGACCCAAAUUGAGCCUAGAUUGCAGCAGUCGAAAGCUUCCCCCUCCUCCCAACGAGUCCGGAGAGAGAUCGGGGAGCUGAUGUCGACCGUGCCCAGCCGGAAACCUAAGGGGCAGAAGACGGCGCACGGCCAGGGGCUCAACCGUCUGUCCCGCCUGAGCAGUGCAUCCGUUGAGUCGGUGAACAAACACGACACCUCAGAUAUGGAUGAUCUAGAGCGGCAGAGAAUUCUCCACUGGCUGGACGGAGUCAAGAGAGGCAUGGACGGACAAACAGACAAAGAAGAGGAUUUAGGAACCGGCCACUUUGAGCCUCCUUUGAGCCGAAGCAGCACCGAAACGGCGAUCCGGAUAAUCCACAAAGACCGGACCUAAUUAUCGGAUUACAUCCACGACACCAACACAUGGAUUAUCGAUUGGAUCAGUGUGAUUAGUGUGAGGAUAUUGCAUGGUAGAGCAAUAAAACGAACACGUGUA